AAUUAACAAUAACCCAGGGUGAAAUUUGAAACAAUUUCAAGGAAGCUCUAAUUCUAUAGAUAUCAAUAGAAUUUUGUUAAUUCGCAUAAAGAACUUUUGUUUCCUCCUUUAACUUCAACAGUACUCCUCAAUAGAAUCUAAAAUCUCGUUCAAAUUCCAAAUAUUGGCGUCCUUGCCGCCAAAAAAAAAAAAAAAGAAAAAAAGAAGAAAGAGACAUGAAUGGCCGCCGGCGACGAUUCCUCGCGCCGACUUCAUCUCCUUCUCCGUCAAUCGGAGAUUUCCGUAUUAAGUUUUCACGAAUCGUUUCUCAUCACGAACAACUCAAAGUCUCCUUCAAUCAGCUGGAUUUUCAGAUCCGAACUGGCUUGCAGGAAGCCGCGGACGUGUUUGAAUCGUUAGCUAAUCCGCUGAUGAAGCUAGUAGGAUUGAAGACCCUUGAAAUGACUGAGGAAGGAAAAACUAGUACCGUUGUCUUUGAUUAUACUGAUUUUUAUUCCAAUGACUGCAAGAGAAACGAGAAUGGAGCUGGAAGGACGGUGAGAAAUGAGGCUAGUGAAAUUGAGGAAGAAGGCUAUAUGAGUAGAGCCAAAACAGUUGGCAACGAGCUUAUUCAGAAACAAGAGAUGCAGCUAAAGCAGUUGAUCCAUCUGCUAAGACGAGUUGAAUCCCAAGUAAAUACAAGCCAAACCAACAUUCUUCACACCCUUAGUGACCAUCAAACUUCCAUACAUAAUGUUUUCAAGAAAGCUGUUGCAUGUGUUUCUGCCAUUCACCAAAGGGGCGAAAAUAGUGGCAUUUCAUUGAUCACAAUUCAGCUUCUGAAAGAUAUAUUCCGUCUUGUUGUUACUACCCUGAGCUCGGUAGAGUGUGGAGUGGACAACCUAGUGGAUGAGCUAGCUACAAGAAUGUGUCGUCCAAUGGUCGACUAUGUCAAGGGUCUUAAGCUUGAAAUCGCAUCAGGAAGAUGCCAUUGCCUACUGAGCAUAGUGGAAGAGAUGGGAGGAGCAAUGAGAACAGGGAGGGCAGAGUUGGAGGAAGCAAGGAAGAAGGCAAGAAUAGCAGAACAUAAUAGACUUGAGGUGUUGUACAGGCUGAAGGAAUCAGAAGAAAUGGCUAGGAAAUAUCAGGGAUUCCUUUCGAAAGUCAAGAACGGAUCGCAGGAACAAUUUGAGCUAGAGAAGCUUGUAGUGAAGGACCAGGAUCAUGCUAAAGAGGACAACCUACUGUGGGAGCUACUAAAGAAGAAGAGAAAAUUAGGCAUCGGAAAUGGCAGCAGUAAACUGUGUGGCUUUCCAUCGAGACAGUUAGGUCCACAAACCCCUCGCUUGGCUCCCACCUCUUCACCUACGUACAGUUCAAAUGGGCAGCGUUUGCUACCAAUGAUACCCCUGGGUUCCUCACCUUCAGUGACAUAUCGGCCACCCAAACCUCAGAAGAAGAUAAAACCUGGAUUUCAUACUUGAAAUUUUAGCAUACGGCAAGCAGGUCACUUGCUGAUGGUAGGAGACUUGGAGCAGUUGGCCGAUGGCUUACUUUUCGUAACUAUACUUGGAUUACCUUUUUUAACAUUUACUGCAAGGUGCUUCAGUCAUUUGCCAAAUUUGUGUUCUGUUAUUCCACCAUGUCAAGAUGUAUAAAGUAAACUUUAGUGCGCAUUUACUGAUUAAAUUUUCCAAACCAUGAAAAUAUCCUCCAGCGUGGACUUUGGUUACAAGCAGUUGCAAAAGAUCUGUCUGCAAACCAUUGAAGAAAUAAAUACUAUGUCCCAAUUGCAUUA